AUGGCAGGGUCCAGAUCAAUACUGGAUUUGGUGGUGAUCGGCAAAGCUCUUGACGACGCCAGCUGCUCAAGUGAAUUCAAGGUCGGGAUCGCCUGCCAGCUCGACUCCCCAGGAACGAUCUUUGCCCCCAAAGUCUCGGAUCUGAACGCACAUAUGGACUAUGGCGCUGGAGCGCGCGGGUCCGAAUAUCCUCAUAAGUCCAUCAUCACGCAGCGGACCCUGAAGCUUUGCCCAAUCCACGUAGUCCGCAUCCUGUCUUCGACCGAAGGGUGCAAGAUGACCGCGUCCUAUCUCACCAUCGUGCGACUGACGGCUGGUGGUUCCGACAAUGAGCCGUUCAAAGGCAACGUGCCUGGUGGCGGAGGCUUUCGCAGCUGA